ACCAACUGACCAUGCGGCAGCAAGGAGUGCGUUGGUGCAGCCUGGUGGUCGUCGUCGUAGCCAUUGCCAUACGGCACGUGUCCCAGGGCAUCAGCUCCAGCGAUCGCAGCUUCCAGUGCCUGCAUACGCGCCUGAAAGGCCAGACCAACUGCUCGCCAUGCGCCCAGCUGUACGUGUUCAAUCGGAAGUCCGGCUACCGGCGCUGUGAGCACGUCAACGGGCAGUGCUACCCAUUCCGCAAAGUUUUUCCCACCGCCCGCCUAUGCGAGUCCAUCUGCCAGCCGUACAUCCGGCGGCCAACGCUGCACGAGGUGACCACCCUGCCACCGCUACCGAUCGUGGAGCCCUUCGCUGACAGCGAUGAGGAGUUCGAGUGAGGUUUCAUCAACAAAAAUAAACUGCUUUUAAUUCA